GAUUUUGAAAUACUAAUGAAAAACAGAAAAUUACUUUCUUCCAUAAUCUCUCUCCUUUCUCCAUCAUAUUCUAAAACACCACAAUUUUCAAUUAUCGAUUUUUCACCAUUGAUUCACCCUCCACUCUUGAUUGUGUUCCAACAGAUGCAUCCUGUUUCUGAACAGAGUAGAUUAAUUUUGGGAUCUUUGAAUUCUUUGAGUUGCAUGGUUUGGUUCUUGAAUGAUAAAAAUCAAGUUUCAACUAGACAAAAUGCUUCUUUGUUGAUUAAAGAAAUGCAUGUUGAGUCAUUGAUGAAAAUUGAAGGGAUUGUUGAAACUUUAGUGAACAUGGUUAAGGUUCCUAUCGGGAGUGUUUCUACAAAAGCAUGUUUGUCAACAAUUUUUCACUUGGUUUUCUCAUCCAAGAGUAAAAAAGUGGUUUUUGAGAGGUUUGUUGAAUUGGGUUUAGUUUCAAUUUUAUUGGAGAUUAUUGUUGAUGCUGAAAAAGGGGUAUGUGAGAAAUCUUUAGGGGUGUUGGAUUGUCUUUGUGAUAGUAAAAAUGGGGUGGGAAUAGCAAAGUCAAAUGCUUUGACUUUGCUUUUAGUGAUUAAGAAGCUUUUAAGAGUGUCUGAAUUGAGUUCAAGUUUUGUUGUUUCUAUUGUUUACAAGAUUUGUUGUGAUAAUAAGGGGGAGGAAGAAGGUGUUUUGAUUGAGGCAAUUUAAGUUGGGAUGUUUCAAAAAUUGCUUGUUUUACUGCAAGUUGGUUGUGGUGAGAAUACAAAGGAGAAAGCUACUGAGUUGUUGAAAUUGUUGAAUGGUUAUAGGAGCAAAGCUGAGUGUGUUGAUUCAUCAUCAUUGGAUUUCAUGCACCUUAAGAAGCCAUUUUGAUUCAUCCAUGUGGAUGACAUUUAAUUAUUUCCCUUUUCUGUUUUGUGUAUAGUUUUGUUGUAAACAGAAUAUACUCUUGUACAAAGAUACAUAGUCAUACAUACAA